CUAUGUCAACAUCGUAAUGAUGCAUUGGUAAAAUGGCUGGGGGAGAGAAAAUGUGUGUGUAAUAUAUUGUUAAUUUAAUUCAAUAUUCCGCGUGUUUGGAUUUUAUUAACGCUGUGUGAGAAUGGAUUAAGGCUGUAUAGGAGCUAAUGUGAUGUGUACUGCUCUGGAAUGGCCAAAGCCUUCGACUUCCAGUGGCGUAUUCCUGUACCGGAGCGACUACAAAAAGGAGAUAUAUUUGAACGAUGGGAUGAGGAAUGUUCAUCAUUAGAAUCGUGUUGCUUGGUGAAGGUUGAUGAGAAUGGAUUCUUUAUCUACUGGAAAAGUGAUGGCAAGGAAGGCCAGGUAUUGGAGAUCUCACAGGUGAAUGAUAUCAGAUUGGGCCUGCCUCCCAAGAUUAAUGAUCCUAAGGUGAUCAUUGAUUUGGAACAGAAAGGAACAGGUGGACUUGAAGCUCGAACUGUUACCAUCUGUAGUGGGCUGGACUUUGUGAAUAUCAAUUACACACCAAUGAUAGCAAGAGAUCCUGAGACAGCUAAGGUACCACACUGAAAUGAAAACAUUAGU